AACCUAGAUCACCGACCAUAGAAUUAUGUUCCAAGAGCAACGUGUGGCCACGGGAAAAUGUUAUUGAAGUUGAUUUUGAUGCUUUCAGUAAUUUUCCACUCUCUAUGUUCCAUCCCCGAAACACUUCGUAACUUCCGUAACAAAAAUGGUAUCACUACGCUUCCCUUUCACAUUUUCUAACCCAAAACCACCUCAAUCCCGACGCCCUUUCUCUAAAUUCAAAUUCGCCGCUGCUGCAGCCGCCACCGCCGGAGCAACUGCCGCAUUCAUCGCCAAUGAUCGCCACCGUCUCUUUCUACAAAAUGCCUUGAACUCUUUCUUCACUUCCACUUUCAGCAACAACUCCUCGCCUCUAUGGGGUUCCCUCAGUUUGGCUGAUAGUGGUGUUCCUAUUGUUGACUCGAGGACUGGAUCCUCUUUCCCUUCUGUUCUUGAAGCUUCUCAGAAACUCUGUGGAAUUGGGUUAAGAACGAAAAGAAUUUUGGGUUUGAAGAACAUUGAUGUAUAUGCUUUUGGUGUUUAUGCUGACGAUGAUGACGUAAAGAGAUGUCUGUCUGAGAAAUAUGGCAAAUUUUCUCCGUCUGAAUUGAAGGGAAACAAGGAGUUUAAUGAGGAUCUACUGGAAAAUGAUAUACAUUUAACAGUAAGGCUUCAAAUUGUUUAUAGUAGAUUGAGCAUUCGUUCUGUGAGGAGUGCAUUUGAAGAUUCUGUUGGAAGCAGAUUGCAAAAAUAUGGGGGAUCAGAUAAUAAACAAUUACUUCAGAGGUUUACUUCACAGUUUAGAGAUGAAAUCAAAAUACCUCGUGGGUCUGUAAUUCAUCUCACAAGAGAGAAGGGCCAUGUUCUUCGUACAACAAUUGACGGACAGGAAGUGGGAAGCAUCCAGAGUAAACUCCUAUGUAGGUCAAUCCUAGAUUUAUAUAUUGGAGAGGAACCAUUUGAUAAACAGGCCAAAGAAGAAAUAGAGCUCAACAUGGCUUCUUACAUCCAAAGUUAGACUGCUAAAAAAAAAUCCUUUGUAGGACAUGGGUUCAAUCCUUGCUAAUUCCAUGCCUCUAGUAACUUUGUUCAAUAUCAUGUAAGUAAUUUAACCCUGUCGAUGUAUCCCUUGUGCUUCAAGAAUGUUAUACCCUGAAUUUAUUCAUAUCUCAUUACUAUCUCUUACACUUGCAAUUUUUUGAGCUA